AUGGUGAUCACGACCAAAGCCACAAUAGCAUGGGCAACACCAGUCCGUCCAGACCAGCUCGGCGAGGCCCUCGAAGCAUACUCCAAAGCAGCACCAACACUACACACUCUCCGCCUGUGCCAUCGAUUCGGCCGGGGCCCGAAAGUGCACGUCACCAGACUUCCAGCCGAGAUCGAGUUGGCCAUAGAAGCACUACUCCUCAAAGCUGCCAAACACCAGAUCGCCACAGACCUGUGGGACUCGGGCGAUCCACUCACGGCGACUUGGUCUGAAGCUUUCCAUCACUUUGAAGGGAAAUGUGCGCCUAUGGACCACAUGCCGGAUAUCUACUCCCCACUCAAUGAUCAAGCCUUUGAUGACCCCGUGUCGUUCUGCGGUCCUUGCGACGAUCAUGAAUACUUUAACACUGACAAGUGCCAGAAAGCUUUAGUCGAUCGAAUGAACGACUUGUUCCUAGCAUGGGAACACGAAUGGGAUGAGGAAUACUGCGGGGGUUGGAGAGAAAGGAUAGACCCAGCCGGUGGCUUCGCGAAAUAUGCUGCGGUCUUAUAUCGCCAUUUCGGUCUGAACGUACACUUCGUCGAGACGAGGUUCGCACAAGAGGACGAUGCGUCAUGGCCUCGCCUCCUCAACCACCGCUACCACACUUUUGAGAAGCUCAAGACCACGCUCUGCUAUCUCACCCUGGCACCACGCCCGGUGGCAGCGAAGCGCUUCGAGCUGAGCGACAUUGAGACGGAGAUUGGAACAGCCUGCGUCUCCGCAGCCCAAGCAGUCACUGUCCCAAGGCAAGACCUAUCUGACAUGUGCGAAAGCGAAAACCUCAAGUUUCGUCGCGCUAUGAAUGUGCUCGGCCUGAGACCAUAUCGUCACCCCAGCCAGCGAGGCCUUUUGAAGGACGCGCCGAUGCCAGCCAAAGCCACGACCACCGGUCAUGAUCUGGAUGCAAUGGGCCAGACUUGGCCGCAGCUGACUUUCAUCUUCCAAGCCGAGUGGAUUGCCUAG